GUUUGAGGCUUUCAACACUUCCUCUGGACUGAUCUCAAGAUGGCACGCGGCCCCAAAAAGCACCUUAAGAGGUUGGCAGCACCUCGCUCAUGGAUGUUGGAUAAGCUCAGCGGGACUUACGCACCACGUCCUUCGUCUGGGCCGCACAAGCUUCGUGAAUGCCUUCCACUCAACAUAUUUAUUCGCAAUCGCCUCAAAUACGCUUUGACUGGUCGCGAAGCCACCAUUAUCAUCAAGACGCGCCUGAUCAAGAUCGAUGGCAAGGUGCGCACCGACACUACCUACCCCACCGGCUUCCAGGAUGUCGUCAGCAUUGAGAAAUCGAGUGAACACUUCCGAAUCAUGUUCGAUACCAAGGGUCGUUUUGUUAUCCACCGCAUCACACCCAGUGAAGCCACCUAUAAGCUUUUGAAGGUCAGGAAACUGGCUGUUGCUGCACGGGGUGUCCCAUACAUCGUCACCCACGAUGGUCGGACUAUUCGAUAUCCCGACCCACUCAUCAAACCCCAUGACACUGUCAAGUAUGACAUUGCGGAGGGCAAGAUCAUCGGCCAUCUUGAGUUCGAGAUCGGCGCCCUCGCCAUGGUCACUGGUGGACACAACCAGGGUCGUGUGGGUACCCUUGUUAAGCGUGAGCGGCACUUGGGUGGUUUCGAUAUUGUUCAUAUCAGGGAUGAAGUAGAUCGCACAUUUGCGACGCGGUUGCACAACGUUUUCAUCAUUGGGAAAGGGAAGAAACCAUGGAUUUCGCUGCCCAAGGGCAAGGGUAUCAAACUUACCAUUGCUGAGGAGCGUGACAGGCGUAGGAAGAAGGCUGCUGCUACUGCCGCAACUGAGGAAGAAUGAUUGCCUCAGGUUUCUUAGUGUCAUAUGGAUCCAAUCAUGCUUCCCUUGGCUCUUUUUUUUUUGUAUGACAUGUUACUCACACUUCCAAAAUGCGACCUACUCACCAUGCAUACUCCUAUUCUCGACUUACUGUCAAUCCGAAUAAUUAAUCUUCUCGAGUACGCUGAUGGUUGUGCGCAGCGGAGCCCAACGUGAACAAGCUAUGUGAAUCGUUGCCACAUCGGUUGCCUACAUUUCCCGGACACCGAAGGGUACUCGAAGCGAUUGAAUUCAAGUGUAUGUGGUUAUGGAAAUCUUACUGGGAUCAUUGACUAUGAUUGGACGAAGUCAGCAUUGGCUGGGCCCAAACACAAGCGGUUACUGCCAGAUACAACAUACAUAACGCGCUGCCUGAUAGGCU